AUGUCGGCUGAAGUUGCAAUUGUUGUUCCUCAGGGCGUGGCUGCCCAGGGCAUGCGCAAGAAUGGAAAGCAAUGGCACGAACCAAAGACCGCAUUCCGACCAAAGGCAGGCAAUUCAUCAUUCGAGAAGCGUCAAGAAGAACGUAAGGCCAUGGCCGCAGUGAAAGCCAAGGAGAAAGAGAUGAAGGAUGAGAAGGAGGCUGAGAGACAGAGGAGAAUACAAGCUAUCAAGGAUAAGAGGGCUAAGAAAGAGGAGAAGGCUCGUUAUGAGAAGCUGGCAGAGACGAUGCAUAAAAAGCGGGUGGAGAGGUUAAAGAGGAAGGAGAAGCGGAAUAAGAUGUUGAAGUCAUGA